AUCAGUUUGCCCUCUAGUAAAUUGGAGAAUAGCUCUUACCGAAGCUGAAAAAUCCCAUUGUUUCCCUUCUCCAUUGCUCAUGUUUCCCGACAGACACGAGAGUGUAUACAAAUUUGUGGAUCCAAGUAUAAAUUGCAAUAAUAAUAACUCCUACUUGAUGAGGAUUCCAGAUUCUCUUGGAAGUCAUAUGAUUCACCAUUCUGAUAAGGGGUGGCUUUUAUUGUCUAAAAGAGGCUCUUGUGUAGAUCUUUAUAAUCCAUUCAAGCGAGACAUCAUCACUUACAAUUUCAGAUGUAUAGGAAAGGAAGAGUGUUGGUUUUUCAAGGGAAAGACACUGGGACCCACACAUCCAAUUAGUGUUAUUUUUCGUGAUGGAACCCGUGUUUUUGUAUCAAUCGGGAUCAAUCUUGAUGAAAAAUGGACUUGGGACGAAUUGACGAGCAAAAAGAAGUUUGAGCCUGCGAUUCAUACUAGUCUGGUCUUGUUUAGAGAUGCUUUCUUUUACUUGGAUAAGACGGGGAAGCUCAGAAAACUUGAAAUAGAUGUGCAAGUAGGAAACCUAAGGUGGGAAGUUCUUGAGAAGCCACAAAGACCAGCCGACCUCAAGUUUUUUGAGCACAACUUCUUGGUCGAGUGUGGUGGGAAAUUGAUUUCAAUAUUUCUUGGCCGUGCGGGAAAAUGGGUUUCUAUUUACAAGCUUAAUAGUGAUUAUCACACGUGGGAAAAGAUGCGGAAUUUAGGAGGCUACGACUUAUAUCUCAACCCAACUUCAUCCAUUGCCAUGCCUUCUUCAAGUGGUGGAAACAGAAUUUAUUUCCCUUUGCUCCGUGGUUCUGAUAUUGUUUACUUCUCCCUGGAGACGGGCAAAUGGCAUUUCUCUGGAAGCCAACAAGAUUCAUCAUCCCAUCUUUACGGUAUAAAAUGUUUGACAUUGGCGGUUUGCCUAAAAUAUACGAGCAUCGUUGUUUUUUUCAAUCUGAUCCUCUCUUCUGUUUCAUCUGUUUAUAUCGUAUAGUCAUAGAAUUUGCUCCCUAGGCCGUGACUUCCGUACUGGUAUGAGACAUACCCACUCGCAAUUCGAUUGCGAUCCAAUCGUAGCCGGUACCGCGUACCCAUGGUAGUCAAAAUCACAAUCUGAUCUGUACGCUUCUGCAGAUCAACCUAGGGUUACCAAUUCAAAUCGUGUGCUAGAUCGGAAAUCCUUCUGUCGAUUGCCGAGCAAGAUCGUACUACUAUCGCCUGGUAUCGGCAAUUCAAUGGGAACGGAAGUCACAUGUCGGAAAAGCAAUUCGCGCUACCCUUUGGUUGCCUCGACUCCUCCCUAACGAUGCUUGUUUCCACUGCGUUUUAUGUAAAUAAGCCUCUGCGCUGAUUUAAUCUGAUUCUUUGGGUUUCAAGUUUCAGUUUAGCAUGUGGAGUCACACCAUGUAUUCUGUCUUAUUCUGCGCAGCUCUUAAGUUUUUUUGUUGUUUUAUUUCUUGAGCCCUUUAUCUACUAACCUUUUUUUAUUGUUAUCUAUUGAUAUUAAGAAAUUUUGUUUACUAAAGUUUUGACUUUUGUUACACCAAACCGAAUACUUGGUACACCGUUCCGCUUCGUACCAAAAUGAACUUACCCACUUCGUACCGAAUUCGUCACCUCUAGCAAAUUUCGUACCCGUACCACGUACCCAUACCGGAAUGUAUCGCGAUUUAGGUGACUAUGUCACUACUAUAUAUUCAAGUAAUAUUGCACUAAUGGAUUAUUAGUGUUAUCCCAUUCUCACAUAUGUAAAUUAGGGAGGAAAAAUAUAUUGAUGCUACCUGGCAAUGGACUACUUUUUGUCUUUGUUGUUGGCUCUCCUUUUGCACUUUGAUUGACUAAAAUCCAGUCCCUGGCUAAAUACCUUUUUAAACUCUUCAAUAGACUAAUAAGUCUAUUUGGAAUACAAGCACAGGAUACAUAACUUUGUAAAAUUAAAACUGGAGAAGCCUUGUACCUAAAUUUUAAAAUAUUACUAUUGUUAUUUUCAAUUCCGUGUUUUGUUUUGUAUUUAGAAGAGUAGUAUUUAGUUGUCUACAGAGACUGAGAAGUAUAGCCAUGAAAGCAGAUUUUAAAAAGAUUUCUGGAUACGCAAGUACUCUGUAAGUGAUAUUGUAAAACUGUGAAACUCCAAAGUUUCCAUUGCAAUGUGUAUUGCGAUAGAUUUUUCAAAGACUGAUGGUUCAAGGGCUUUCUGGGACUAAACUUUGCAAUGGGACAUAUCAUGUCAUAUGCAAAGUAAUGAAGGACCAAGGUGUGCAGGAAUGUAGAGAAGUUUUUUUUAUCAACGACUACCAGUCCCCUGCUUCCCCACUGUGAUUAGGGGGUUAUGCUGCUUCACAACAUCUCAACUGGAGGUACGUCAGUACGUGCAUGGUCACUGUAUUCUUUGAUCAAGUACUACACUAUUCUACGAGAUAUAUUAUUUAACAGUGACGACUCGACCACAAAAAUUUAAUGGUAAUAGAGUAUAUAGUAGAGCUUCUUUUUUUCCUUUCCAUCAUCUCCGAUGGAGCUAAAGAUUCAUUAUUUUUUGGCUUUGGGGUAUGAUGGAAUAAAUCAAGAUGACUUUUUAAACUUUUCUCGCUUCUUUUAUGGUGAACUAACAGUUAGUCAAUACAACUUUCGACGCUCAUCAUGGGUCAUCUGAAACAUAAACAUAACAUAGGGGUCAGGUUGUAGAUCCCCCUUACCCUGCAGGCGGGAGCCUUUGUGGCACUAGGGUAAUGUUGUUGUAGAGUAAAGCUUUUAUCCCCUUAAAUUCAAUUUAUUUGGAGAACUUCAAGGUAUACAACAUUUUUGGUAAAGUUGCAAAUGAUACCACUAACAACAACCCAGUUGAAUCUCCAUGAGAGUAGGGUGUGGGCCGUGUGUACGAGACCUUACCCCUACUUGUUAGUAGGGAAACUGUUUUCAAGAGACCCCCAGCUCAAAAGUAAUGAUUCCACUAUCAUCUAAAAUUCAUACUUCUAAUCUUAACUUU